AUGGUUAAAGACAAGUCAAAGCCCAAACGCGCUCUUACUCCAUAUGCCGUUUUCGUCCAAUCUAUGCGCGACGAACACAAGAAGAAAAAUCCCAAUUCUUCAGUAGAUUUUGCGACAUUUUCUAAAGAAUGCUCUGCAACGUGGAAAACUCUAUCAGCAAAAGAAAAGAAAAAGUUUGAAGAUUUAGCAGCAAAAGAUAAAGAACGCUAUCAGAAGGAUAUGAAAAAUUAUAAACCUCCGGUAGGUGAGGACAAGAAGAAAAAAAAGAAGGAUCCUAACGCUCCUAAGAAGCCAAUGUCUGCUUUCUUCCUUUUCUGUCAAGAUGAGCGGGCAAAAGUUCGUGAAGCUCAUCCUGACUGGUCUGUCGGACAGUGUGCAAAGGAGCUUGCUUCAAGAUGGGAGCAAUGCAAAAAUAGGUCUAAGUACGAGUCUCAAGCCACUCAAGAAAAGGCCAAGUACCAAAAGGCAAUGGAGAAGUAUAACGCUAAGAAGAGUGGUGACAGCUCUGAUUAG